GGUAUACAUGUGUAUAUAUAUGUGACAACACAAUCGUAAGGGCACAGAUCGCACUGCCGUUUAUUGAACUCUUUGCCAUAAAGCAAAGAUGACUCGUCUAACGGUCGUGUUGACAACGCUAGUGGUCGCUGCCAUUGCUUUCCCACAAAUACCAGAACCUGGAGAGCUUGCUCUUGUACUCGAUGAAGAGACAUUCGAAGACUAUCUUGAUUCAUGGCUCGAACUAGAAGAAUCCAAAUUGGCAAAUGCGACAAGUGCGGAUACUAAAAAUGGUUGCUCAAUCAGAGUGAACGGUGAUCUUGGCCAGCCUCAACCGGUGUACAUACGCAACAACAAUUAUCUCGUCCCUACCGGGACCACGGGGAGAAUCAAUUUCAACACCGGGGACCAAGUCACUGUAUCUUGCACAGGAUCUGGACGCAUUGUUCAGCAUCCUAACAUAGUCUCCACGGUUCAAACUGCUACAGCAACUUGCGUAAGCAACAAUUUGGUGUCUGGUUCUGGAUGGCUGAAUGGUAACGGUCAGUUUGGUCAACUUACUUGCUCCACUCAUUCCUUCCACGACGCUCAGGCAACAAAUGAACGUUGUUUCAAUAACAAUUUAGUCAUUAGGGUUGGCUUCACCGUAAACAACGUCUUUUAUCCAAAAUACUGGUCAUGCUUCGAUCAAAACCGAUUGGAAGUUCUUUAUGUAUGGUACGAGCAGAAUAUACCUAAUGCUAUCUACCAGUCUGGUGUAGAUAGGCCGAAUUGGUUAGCUGGAAGUUUCUUCCCUGGCAUCGACAUUAACAAUAGAUACACUCAAGCUCAACAGAAAGCAUCAAUUGCUAGACUUGUGGGACAAAAUUUAGCGGAUAAAUACAUAACAAGUCAUCAAUUCCUGGCCCGUGGUCACUUGGCGGCCAAGACUGACUUCAUCUAUGCAACCGGCCAGCGGUCCUCAUUUUACUUCAUUAACGCUGCACCACAGUGGCAGCCAUUUAAUGCUGGCAACUGGAACUGGCUUGAACAAAAUCUACGUCAUCGGAUCGGUCAAGCCGGCUACAAUACUAUAAUCUACACUGGCACCUUUGGCGUGACUCAACUGCGUGACCAGAACAAUCGUCUGGUUGACUUUUACUUACAUACAGAUAUUAACAACAACCCUCAAGUGCCUGUCCCGUUAUACUAUUACAAGGUGGCGUAUGAUCCGUCUCGACGCCUAGGAACAGCUUUUAUAAGUAUCAACAAUCCUUACUACACUGAAGCGGAAGUACGGGAUCUGAUGUUCUGCACGGACCGGUGUCGUAACAACAACGCUUUCAACUGGUUGAACUGGCAGCCAGACCGCAUUGAUCUCGGAUACAGCUUCUGUUGCACAGUCGCCGACUUUAGAAAUUUCAUACCUCACUUACCUGACUUCGAAGUUAUUGGUCUACUCACAUGAAAUACAUCUCUAUUUACGUGAUAUGAUUACGGCGAUUAACUUAAUAUAUAAUUUUAAUGUAAUAAAAACUAACUGUAUUUUAAGCUAAUAAAUCUCUAUGUACUUA